UAGUGUGUCUCAUGUCUCUUUAAAUGCGGGUUGUGUAGAUCCUUCAUGAAUGAAACCAUGUGAUCCAAACAUCAUUUGACGUCUGGCGCCUCCGACCAUAGACUAAAACAAGCGAGGAAGGAAGGAGUGGAUAUAUGUAGACCUGCGAGAAGGAAACAACAUUUCUCCAGCUGUCUCUCUCCACACCGGAUCCACCGAACAUCGGCGAACCCUCAACCUCGGAGCGGUGCGGUGGGCGGAAAGGCGCCGGUUUGACUUCUGGUGAGUCAGCUUUCGUCAAAUAAUCUGAAAUUCCUUAAAAAAAGUGCUGAAUAAAGAGGUGUUGUUUUGCUGAGUGUGCACAGCCGCUGCCAUGCCGCCGUUAUAUCGCCGGCGCUUGUGUUUGCCGCUUGUGUCGCCGCUGCCGCUUCACUGUCCGAACUCACAGCCGAACUCACCGCAACACCGCCGCCGUUUAAAGGGCAGCAGCAGUCCCGGUGUUAGUGCUGAAUCAUCACGAUCCCGGUCGUCAUCCAGACCCUGCACAUGCUGUACCGAGAGACCCGGUCGGCUCCAGCGAACAGCCACACGCCGACCGGCCGACCGACCGAGCGGUGAUUUCAUAAUAACACAGUAGACAAAGAGGGUGUUCGCUGCGUGCCGUGCGGCUGUCAGGCUGCAGAAGAAGAAGCCAUGUGUCGGAAUUAAGAGACCGAGCGGCGAGUCGGUGCCGCGGGUAUGGCCGGGGAUUCCCUCGAUUUGUGGCUACUAAAUGGCUAAAUAAUUAGAAAGGUGACAGUAAGGAGAGCUAGGGUACGUAGAGUAACAACUUAGGAGAGCGGAAACCCUCUAAAACAACACACAACCUCGACGUUAGCUGCUCCGACUGACUGUCCUCUGUUCGGGGUGCUGAAGCGGCAGCAGCGGCAGCGGCGAACACCAGAAGCGUCCCGCUGUCGCUUCACUAACGGACUCGUCUGUUGCUUCUUCACAGCAAAAAAUGCUAAAAAAUGACUGGUUCCAGCUUCACAAAUGUCUGUUCAGAAGAGCAAGGCACUUGUGGCAUGACGACGACUAACAAAGGAAAUAAAGCCUUGAAGGUGAAGCGUGAGCCGGGGGAGAAUGGCACCAGCCUCACAGACGACGAGCUGGUGACCAUGUCAGUGCGGGAGCUGAACCAGCACCUCAGAGGGCUCACCAAAGAUGAGAUCAUACAACUGAAGCAACGGCGGCGCACCCUGAAGAAUCGGGGCUACGCCGCCAGCUGCCGGGUGAAGCGAGUCACCCAGAAGGAGGAGCUGGAGAAGCAGAAGACCCAGCUGCAGCAGGAGGUGGACAAACUGGCCAAUGAGAACGCUUCGAUGCGCAUCGAGCUGGACGCUCUGAGGUCUAAGUACGAGGCGUUACAGACCUUCGCCAGGACUGUGGCACGGAGCCCCGCUGUCGGGGUCGGGGUGAGGGGCGGAGGGGGAGGAGGAGGGGGGGGGAUGGCGUCGUCGGUCAUCGGUCCACUCAUACCGGGGAAGAUGGCGACGGCGACGAGCGUGAUUACAAUAGUGAAGUCAAAAACAGAUGCGCGGUCUUGAGGGAGGGAAAGAUAGAUGGGGGGGGAUGUCGCUGCAACAGAGUAAUUCUUCUCUGCUCGCCACUGUUCCUCCACCUGCACUGACGUCAAACAGCUGGGCAGUCUUGAUAACAUCGCCUCAGCGUGUUCCUGUCUCAGAUCAGUGCAGGUGAAAGAAAGGAUGGGAGCUGAGAAGAUUAUUGAGACUAUAAAGAUGCAAGUCCUUGGUCAGCGCACGAUCAUUUAGCACAGGACAGAUACACAGGGUUCCUACGGCCACUGAAAGCCGGGAAAAAUCAAAGAGAUUAGUUUUAUUCCAGGCCAGGGGGGGGGGGACACUUCGGAAAAAUCAUGCAAAUUCGUUCAGUUGCUAUUUACGUCAGUCAAGUGUUCAGUGUCGAGUUUUACUGAUGGUAGAUCGAGAUAUCUGUAAGUGCGUAAUAAUCCCGACACACAUUUAGAACAUUUAAAUUCGUGCAUUACAGAAAAGACGGUAUUAAUGUGUUAGUUAUAGAAAAGUCAUUGGAUUAUAUCGACACAAAGAGUGAUUGGUCCCUGAGUUCCAAAAGAAUACACCAGAUUUCUGCUGAUUUCAGUGGCUGAAGAGAAGUCCCAUCUCGCUCGACCCUAGCCAAGAACUUUUUCAGAAACGUACUAUAGAAAACAUAUAUAUUACACGAUGGUGGUAACUGUAUUUCUACUGUUUUGUACUGUGUUGUCAUUCACAUGAGGUCCAAAGUGUAUUCUCUGUGUGUCAAUUGUUAUAUAUCAGGAAUUCUGUGAAAUUCUGUGGCGCGUGUUCGUUUUCGGUAUUGCUAUAUUUAGUUAGCUGUAUUUUUUCUACGGUCUCUUCACUUUCUACGCCCAGCUCUCUCUCUAUCUCUCUUACCUAUUCUUUCUCUGUCCUUCCAUUUUCCAAUUCCAAUUGGUUUCCAUCAUUACACACAGUACUUCCUGGAUCUAACAGAAAGAGGGUGGAUGAGGUAAUUGAUAUUUACCAAAAAAAAGGAAAAAAGUACUAUAGAGAAAAGGAGAUAAAGUCACUGACCUUAUCUCAGUUUGCAGGAAUUUUCAGGGAAACGGUCAUUGAACACCAGAGCUGAAUUUAGAUAAAGUCGUCUUCUGUCUGUUUGAGCUCCUCUCAAAAGUAUAUUCAAGAAAACCGGAAGGGCAAGUGCCUUGGUCUCCUAAUGAUAUGCAUCAAGAAGAAGGCAAGAGGACAUGAGGAAAUGUGGAAGGACGGUGGAGAUUCAAUGCAGGUGUUUGCUUAUAUACCUGUGCUUAAUGUGAAACACUGACCAAUCAGGAAUCAGGUUGUGGCAGCAUUUAACUGUGUGUUGUUGUAUGAGCUGUGUAGUGGCAGGAUUAUUAAUAGUAAUAA